AUGAGCACUAUCACCCCCUUCAAAAUUGCCGUCUCUGAUGCUCAACUACAGCAGAUACACCAGAAGCUCGAGCAGGCGACCUUUCCUGAUGAACUCGACGGUGCUGGCUGGGAUAUGGGCGUCCCGGUCGCCGAGAUCCGGCGGCUAGUGACUGUGUGGCGCGAGCAAUUUGACUGGCGCGCACAGGAACAGAAGCUGAAUGAGCAGCUGAAGCAAUUCACUGUUCGGGUCGCUGUUGCUCGGUUUGGAGAGUUGGAUGUGCACGUUGUACACCAUCGGAGUGGGAAUCCAAGAGCUGUGCCCCUCCUGUUUAUCCACGGGUGGCCGGGCAGUUUCCUGGAGGCAACGAAGCUGAUUCCACUGCUCACGAUCGAUGAUGGCAACGGCCCGGCGUUCGAUGUCAUAGCGCCCUCACUGCCCAAUUUUGGGUUCUCGCAGGGGGUCCAAGAGAAAGGUUUUGGCCUGGCCCAGUACGCCGAGACUCUCCACAAUAUCAUGACAACCAUGGGUUAUGAAAAUUACGUAAUCCAAGGCGGCGACUGGGGCAGCAUGAUCGGCCGCACAAUGGCCCAAUUAUAUUCGCAGCACAUCCAGGCCAUUCACCUGAACUUCAUUCCCGUCAUCCCGCCUUAUCCAUGGCGACGGCCAUUGCGCUUUCUUCAGUCGUUGCUAACAGUACCCUUCUCGGCGAAAGACCGCGCAUCACUCUCAAGCACGCUGAAAUACAUUACUCGUGACAAUGCGUACAUGAGACAGCAGGAGAGUCGGCCCCAGACAUUAGGGUACGGGCUGCAAGAUAGCCCUGUAGGACUGCUGGCUUGGAUUUAUGAUAAGAUGCACUCUUGGUCCGACGGAUACCCUUGGACAGACGAAGAGAUCUUAACCUGGGUGAGUGUGUAUUAUUGGUCAAGUGCGGGACCAACAGCUUCGAUGAGGAUCUACUACGAGGCUUCGGUGCCGAACAAUGAGGCACAGGACCAGAAAGAGCAGGCGGAGACGAAGUCAAUGACGCUCGGACAGGUUCUUGGAGCUCGCGCCCCACAGAAUGUGCGGUUCGCAGUAGCGCAGUUCCGGAAGGAGCUUGUCAUGUUGCCCAGGGCGUGGUACCGUGACAUUGGAAACGUGGUGAGAGAGACGGAGUUUGAACGCGGUGGGCAUUUUGCUGCAUGGGAGGUGCCGGAGUUGCUGGCGGCUGAUCUGAAGGGCUUCCUGGGAAAAGGUGGCCCAGCUUACGGUGCAGUGGCUGAUAGAGAUGGCUAUUAA